CCGCUGUGCUGUGCAUGUACAGUGGUAUCACCUGUGAUAUUUGACUUCCGUGUCGGCUGAAGGGUUAAAUCAAUAAUAUACUAGCUAGAGACGAUUGUAUUUUUACCAAUACAGGACAGGAGGAACCGGGACAGGACGAUGUAAAUUGUCUUCGGUACGUUUAGGAUGAUCUCGGAGUGAUCGAGAUUUAAUCAUGGCCUAGAAAGUUUAGCCCACCAGUCACCAGACAGUUGUUGCUAUAGGUAGCCAUGGGACCUCCAAAGGGCUACAGCGAUGACCUUGCUCAUCUGAGUGACCUUGAUGAGCAGACCAUCCUGAAGGAACUAAAGGACAGAUACGAACGAGACAUCAUAUAUACCUACAUUGGGGAUAUCCUGGUCUCUGUCAAUCCUUACAAAGAUUUGACCAUAUAUGGAGAUGCAGUUGGGAAACGUUAUGAAGACCUUAAAGAGCUGAAGGAUCUACCCCCACAUAUAUACGCCAUGGCCACGAAGGCGCAUCAGAAUGUUCGGCGGAUCGGAGCUAAUCAGUGCCUCUUAGUGAGCGGAGAAUCGGGAGCGGGUAAAACAGAAAGCAGUAAGAUGCUGGUCGCUCAGAUUGUACGACUCACCAAUGAUUCAGGAUUUUCAAAUCUCCAUCAAAAAAUUAUUGAGGUAAACCCUCUUCUAGAAGCCUUCGGAAAUGCGGAAACCGUGAUGAACAGAAAUUCCAGUCGCUUCGGAAAGCUGGUCGAACUAAUUUUAUCCCCUAAUGGUGAUAUAGCUGGAGCAAAGAUCACAGAACAUAUGUUGGAAAAGUCACGUGUUGUUAACAAGAUGGCGGGAGAGCGAACAUUCCACAUUUUCUAUUGCCUAUUUGCGGGACUGUCAGUUAAUGAAAAGAAGCGAUAUUACCUGAACAAUCCGGAAACUUACAGGAUUUUAGAGGAAGGGUAUGGUAACCGGGUGUUCCGGAGCGGAUUGGAUUAUGAAGGAUAUGUAAUGAGGAUGGAGGAACUGAGAAACAUAUUCAACAUUGUAGGAUUCUCAUCACAGGAGGUGGACCUAAUACUCGGCCUAGUGGCAGGAAUACUUCAUCUGUGUAACAUCGACUUCGUGGCUGAUCCCGAAAUUGAUCAGGUCAUCAUUGUUAACGAGGACGAAAUUGACUUCACGUCCACUCUUCUGUCACUACAGCCGGAGGAUUUAGCUACGGUCUUACUCUCAAACAGGGCGUUUGUACGUGGGGAGAGAAUCGUGACCAUGAAGACAGUGGGUCAGGCGUGUGAUGGGCGGGACGCCCUGGCAAAGGUCCUGUACAGUCGUUUGUUCAGUUGGAUCGUGGCCCAGAUCAAUAUCGAGCUUGACCCAUCGGUGGACAGCAGGAAUAACCGAUCACCGCGGACAAUUGGCAUUUUAGAUAUGGCAGGUUUCGAGAAUUUUCCCGUCAAUAGCUUGGAGCAAUUGUGUAUCAACACUGCCAACGAACAGCUUCAGAACUUCUUCAAUGAAUACAUCUUUGCAUGGGAGUUGCGUGAAUACCAGGGGGAAGGUAUCAAAAGUCCAAAGGUCAAGUUUGAAAACAACCGAGAUGUCGUGGACCUGUUGUUGCGGAGACCCGAGGGAAUAUUUUCGAUACUUGAGGACGAGUGUCGGCUACAGACGUCCACUGACCAGUCAUAUGUAGACAAGGUUGACCAUUUUUUAGGGAAACAUUCUCACUACAAGAAGUCUAAGGCCAGAGAACCUGUUUUCACUGUGACACACUUCGCAGGCCAGGUGAAGUAUAACUUGGAGGGUGUGGUGGAAAGGAACAGAGAAACGCUGGGUCCAAACUUCACCAGUCUAAUGGAGAACAGUCAGAACAUGUUGAUAGCUAAAGUGUUCAGUGUUCAAGAAACAGACUCAGGACGUCUCGACUCACAUGUCUCUACAAAGGGAGACCACUCUUGGUCAGCCCCCGAAUGGUCACUCCCACAGCGUCAAGCCUUUGGACCUGGGGACAGUCUGUCACGACAAGUAGGACGCCGGCUUAAGGAAAAAGCGAGUCGAGAGAGACAACAGCAAAUGACGGGGCCGCCAAAAAACACCACCAGUGCUCACUUCAGGGUGUCUCUGGCAGAAUUAGUGGAGAAGUUGACCUCCUCUGAACCCCAUUUCAUAAGGUGCCUGAAGCCCAAUGCUAAUCAGAGUCCCGACAACUUUGAUGGCAAGUUGAUCCUGACCCAGCUCAGGAGUACUGGUGUCCUGGAAACCACUCGGAUACGGAAACAAGGCUUUCCGACGCGAUUACCUCACCAUGUGUUUGUGGACAGGUACAAAUUUAUAGGCCUCCCUGCCACCGCUGUCAUAGAACCGUCAUUCAUGAAGAAUGCCUGUCUGCGCAUCCUUCAGGCUACAGACAUCCUGGACUGCGAGCUCGGAAAUACGAAGGUGUUUCUUCGGUACUGGCAGACUGACAAACUGAAUCUGUGUCUGGAUGUGAUGAUGGAGGAACUGGUGACAAUUCAGAGUGUAGUACGGACAUUUGUUGCUAGGCAACGGUUUCUAUCACAACGAAAACAAUCUCACAAACACCAAGAUAUGUUGGCCAAUUUCGGCGAUUUCCUGUCACGUGAAAACUCCAAGGUGUUUCACAUGUUGGUGUCGAGCAAUGACCAUGAUAAACUCAACUUCCAAACGCAGUUGGAGGCAGCCCGGAAACGUCAGAGGGAGAGAUAUGAGGCUCCACCCACUGCCCACUUAACCAAUCAUGGCUAUUAUCACAUAGAGGAAGACUAUGAUUCUCCGAGUCCAGAUUACUUUAGCCCAUAUUCCAAACAACUACCUAGUCACCAAGAGCAUUUUCAAGGUCGUCGGAUUCCAGAUGAUCUUGUUCAAGGUCAACGUGCCCAAAAGGAAAGUUCAGGAUUUGUGUAUCAGAACCACCUGAACCAGUUAUUACAGAAGUGGGGGGAGCUUGACCCAGAUAUCUGGUGUAAGAUUCUGUACAUGGAGUACGACCGUCCAGUGGCCAAAUUCUACAUACUUGACCGAGAGGUCAACAUCGACAUGUCCUAUGAGGAGUUUGAUGGAGAGCGGAUUGGACUGGGUGUGUUCAGAAACCCGGGGCGAGACUCUGUUACAGAGGAGUAUAGGAGCUACAUCGGCAAGGGUUUGAAGUUGAAGAGAGAUGAUGACGGCAGUAUCUUUGCAACCAAAAUUGAUAAAAAUGACAUUGUGGUCAAGGAUUGGUAUGAUCCCGCUAAUCACUGCUUUUCCGAAGAUGUCCUGAAACACAAUGGUCAUUUACCUCUUGGUGAAGCGGUCAAGAUUUUUGACAUGGAUGAACUCCGGAGUCAGAUGGCUAUUAAGCUGAAACAGGGUUGCUAUGACGAACACAUAAGCCUUCUGCAGCACCAAAGCAUUGUGGGUAUCAGUUUUGUAAAGGACGAGAGAGAACUCACUGCUACGCCUUGUUGGUUACUGGUCAUCAACGUCACCGCCCUAGGACGGCUGAAGGAUCCAAGUGUAAAGAACCAGGUUCAGCAGAUGCUGGCUGAGAUGACAGUGCUUCAGAAAGAGGAUAAAGUUGAGGAGGAGAAAAGAAGGAAAGAGGCAGAGAUCAGACACAAGACAAGAGACUGGUCGAAACGGAAUUUACGACAGGGCGUGAUGGGGAUAGAUGCCCCUCUGAGGAAAACCAGAUUGGAUCUGAGGCAGAAAGGGGAAAAAAUAAAAGGAAACAUGUCAUACAGCUGGGACGAACAAAACUUCGUUGGUAAGGAGAAACAGAUCAACCUGUCAGGACUACAGGACGAGUAUGAGGAGCCAGAAUCUAUGUUUGGUGGGCCACGAAGGUCAACACGCCAAGGUGCGAGGGGAACAUUUAGCACCAGCAGCUCCAUGUAUCCCGGGAAAUCACCAGCCCGGAAAAACUGGGCAAAAAUUAAAAGUGCUAUAAAGGAGGAGCAAGGGAAAGAUGGAGAGGAAGAGAUUAAGGCCAAAAUGGACCGUUACUGACCUCAAAUUUUGUGAUACAGCAAAGUGUUUGGUGAUAUGUCGGGAGUUACUAGCGGUGAAACUGACCAUUACUGACCUCUAGCUAUGUGUGGUAUAAUAUGGAAUCAUGUUGUGAUCUAUAUGAGUGACCAGUGGUCAAACUGACCAUUACUGACCCCUGGCUAUGUGUGGUAUAAUAUGGAAUCAAGUUGUGAUCUAUAAGAGUGACCAGUGGUCAAACUGACCAUUACUGACCCCUGGCUAUGUGUGGUAUAAUAUGGAAUCAAGUUGUGAUCUAUAGGAGUGACCAGUGGUCAAACUGACCAUUACUGACCCCUGGUAUGUGUGGUACACUAUGGAAUCAAGUUGUGAUCUAUAAGAAUGACCAGUGGUCAAACUGACCAUUUUACUGACUGACACCUGGCUAUACAUUAGCCUUGGAAGUUAACUCUCUUUAUAACACUCCAGCAAAGUCCCUUGAAUAUGUACUAGAACUAAUGGUGUGUACAUGUAGGUACUUGGCACCAGAUUUAAAAUUGCCACUACUUAUCAGUUCCAUCCUUUACCCCGUGGCAGUUAUACUUAUAUUUCGUACAUGCACAAGUCACUUUUUCCUUCCCACACAUGUAUGACGGAACUGUCCAGGGCAAGUAAGAACUUUCUAUCACAGUGGGAGAACAUUGACAUGAUGACAUGAAAUUAGAAACAUUCCAAUUUCUGAUGGCUCGAUGCGGAAAUUGUGGUGCCUUUUUUGUAGUUUCUGAAGUGCAUCCACUGAUCUUACUUCAAACUCUGAAAGUCUGGGGAUCGGGAGAUCAUCUUACAUUUAUAUAUUCUUACAGAUCAAACACAUGGAAGUACUAUAUCACAGAGUUAAAUAAUCAAGACAUCCGUUAUGACCACUUUCAUUCACUGCUGACGCCCUUUACAAACCUAGAAAAGUGGUCUAAAACAUGGAUGACUUAUACAGAAGAUACUAAUCUCCAAUUGUAACUUUCAUUUCUCCCACCAUUCGCACCCGCUAUGACAACAGAUAGAACGUGAAGAUAAACAAUGCCAUGACAUUGUGGAAACAAUCAGAGAUGACGUCACUAUAAACAGGAGAGGUCAUGUUCAAAUCAGGAUAAAAAACAAAUUACAAAAUCAAUGCUGAAAAGUUUUUUUUUUUUUUCAAACAUAGCAUUGGAAAGAUGGAGAAAAAUAUCAUCCCCUUUCUAGAGAGCGUAACUGAGAAAUCCCUCUGGGUGAUUAUUCGAUUGUCUUACCCUUGGCAGAGCCUUUGGUUGGACUUCCAAAAAUCAUGUAUCCUCAGGUAGGAGAUUUCUCUGUCACACCCUGAGGAUGUUAUGACCAUUAUGACCAUUAUGACCUUCAAUGGUGACCUUCACGACAAACUUCGACCAGACAAUCGUUGAUCCAAAGUUUACUUUCCUUUACAUAAAAAAAUAUAUUGUAUUUGUCAUUAUUAUUGAACUGAAUUUUGUGAUGACCAUGACUUUCGAUGUUAAACGUGAUGAUCUUUGACCUUCAAAAGGGACAGCAUUAAAACGGAUCGGGUUAUUUAUUCAUUUUAAUCAGAGACAAGCAUGCAAUUGAUGUGAUAAGUUGUUUUAAGUGUCAGUUUUACAUCGCCAAAAAAACGUAAUACUUGAUACGAGGUAAUUUUAACAUGCGGUUUUCUUGUAUAUAUCAAUGUAAGUAAAGUAUUAUGAGUUACACAUACUUUGCAGUCAUGACAUGGAUACCCAGAGAUAAGGUAAACGUAGUACAUGUAAUUAGAAAAUUGCUUUUAAGAUCUUUUGUGCUGAUGUUUACCCCAGUUGGAGUUUUAAGAUCUUUUGUGUUGAUGUUUACCCCAGUUGACACCAUUAGAAGUGUGCCAAGAUUGAAUCGCGAUUUUGCAAUAAUUUUUCACAACAUUUACAUGUAUCAAUAAUAAGCAAUAACAGUGUAGAAUUAAGAUUUGAACUUUUCUGGUUUGUACAUAAAGCUCCAGUUGGUCAGUCAAAGCCAAACAAACUUAUAAUUUUAUUUUUCGGCCUACUCUGAUGGAACAACUGGUCUUUAAUUCUCCUUGUAAAUUUUCAAGGUUUGCCAUGUAAAUUGACCUUUGUCCAUAUUUUGCCUAAGUUUUAUUUAUUUCAGUUUUAAUUAUGGCUUUCUUGACACUGGAGUUUUUCCUUGUUGUUUUUAUAGACAGAGAUAAAUCUAUAUAAGGGAUGAAAUGAUAGACAAGCAUAUCUCAUCAAAGUGUUUUCAGUUCUUCAUCUUUUAUAUUUUGUAUCGCGCAUACCUCAUAACAUGGUGCUGAAACGAGAAUUCUUGCCGAAGUAUUUCUGACCUGUUGUUAAUAUAAAAAUGAGAAAAAAGAUCGCUAUUAGGAAAGUGUUUUUGUUAUUCUACCAUUACUAAUGAGUGUGUUUGAUCAUGCUCAGGCCAUAUGUUACUGAUCUUAAACAUUGAUUAUUUUUACAAUGAACACAUGUGUGUGUAACAUGUAGUAAGCAGUUUAAUUAGUUAUGAGAUAACUUGUGACCUUGUCUUUUGACCUCAUGACCUUCAAAUAGGAUGCAUAGCAACCAAUACCAUUGGCUAUAAGAACUUGUGACCUCAUGACUUUCAACCAUGACGUCACAAUAAAGCAUCAACUACUACAUGACGUCACAUUUACAAUGUAAAUUGGCGAAAUAGAAGCUUGCCAAUAGGAAAUGUUUCUGUUACAGUUUAGUCAAUCAAUAAAAGCAAAUGUUUCAUGGGUAAUGGUAGAAAGGAAUUCUAUAACUUGUGACAGUUGUUUGCCAAAGUUAUUAAAUUCUCAUAUGUUGAUUUAAUAUUUCAGAAAGAUACUCAUUAGAAAUCUUUUUUGAAUCCUGAAAAUUUAAUAUGUCAAUUUAGAUAGAUAUGAUAGGCAUCAUUCUUGACUGGAUAUCUUUAGGUCAAGUAAGAAGACAAUAAUAUUGAACCAGCUAGAUAUAGGUAUGUUAACUUUAAUGUAACAUUCCAUCAAAUUUUCAGGACGAUUAUAUUUUCAGAUUUAACAUUUAUGAAAUUAUCAUUUAUUAGCUCACCUGGCCCGAAGCCAGUAGCUGUAUUUUAG